AUUUUGGCAGACAUGAAAUAAAUCCAUAUGUUUAUGUGGAGUUACACGCCAUUCCCAGGUAAAUAAGCCUUCACGUUAUGACAGCUCACCAAAAUUACGCAUACCUGGGAGUUGCGUCACACCAAAAGGCGCAAAGACCAGGAGACAGUCUGAGAGACGGAGUGAAGGAAGUCGACGUGAAGCUCAACUUGAAGAAUAGGAAGACGUAAUGAGCACAAUCCCUAUACUUGAAUUCAGGCUGUUGGAUUUUAUCAGACACUUAUAAGGACAAGCUGCAAAAAGAGGAAGAAAUUGAAGGAAUGGAAAAAAUAAUGCCUUGAAGGAUGUUUACCAAUUAAUAAUGGAGAAAAAAAAGGAUAGACAGUAGAUUACAUUCAAUAGGCAGAUUACAACUUACAGAAAUAUCCCCUCUCAGGGGCAUGAAUUGAAGUUUUGGAAGAAGUGCAUCAGUCGGAUAUACGCCAGUGAAAUACUAUAAUUAAUCAGGAAAUUACUAGGAAGAAAUCACAAAAGGUUGAAGCAACAACUAGACACGUGUUUCCUCUUCCGACUGUCCUUGGCUCAGAAUUUUAACAGGUCAAAGUUGAGGACUCAGUGAAGAUAUAGAGAUUGGAUUGUAGAAGACAUAAUCAGUGAUACGGACUAGUACCUACUUCAGAGAUCAUAGCAGAGAGCAGUGUGAAGAAACGAGGAGUGAGCAAGUCAAAGAAAAAUAUAUAUAAAAUGAUAAUGAAGCUGAGAAGAGGGGUGUGUCUUGUGAACACAGACUGAAUUAGCUCCACCUUGUGAUCUGAGUGAAAUAGGAGCUAGACAAAAAUGACCUGAAAAGGUAAAGGUCACCAUGUGAUGCUGAGAAGACAGUAUGGAAAGCCUCUUACCAUGGCUACUUCUGGUUGCUAUGGUAACCGUAUGUUCUCCCAGGUGUUUACCUGAGAUUACAGACCCAAAGCGCCACCUAUACUACAAAAAUGGUGAUCUUCCAAUCAGAUUGGAGAGCAGCAACCGUGUGUCUCACAAGUUGGCUAAUCACAUCCUCAAAAUUUUGCUGGAAGAGAAGGUUAACUACCAGAAGGUUGAGAUUAAAGAUGCUUCAGAUCCUAUGAAUCCUACCAAAAUACUCAAUAGAAUCUCUGGAUGUGUGGAUUCAAAUUGUUCUCGGCGCCAGGACAUUCCCGAGACAAUGGUGAACAUAGAGGUGUGGAUGCCAGCAGGAUUUAACAUGGAACCAUGGGCUGACAAUGACCAUGUCAAAGACUGCGGGCCACUAGGCCCUGUUGGGAGGUAUGGGUGGUACCUUCCAAAUUUCUUUGUAAAGCAAAACUGGAUCCAGCGUAAUCUCAUCACAGACCACUGGAGGGCGCUGCAGUCUAGCAGUGUCACCAGGCUCUUGGACUUAAGCGAUGCAAGAAACGAGCUUCUCAAUUUGGUGCGUAAAACGGAAACUUUAGGUAAAGAAGAGUCUGGCUACUACUGCAGCGCGUCAUACUGCUCUCAGGGACAGUACAGUGGUGCCACCUGUGGUUCUGAACCGUGCGCUGUAUUGGUGUCAGAUAGCGUAGACUCUGAUAUGGAUACCCUGAAGAACCAGAUAGACAAUUUAAACCUGAGUGUAAAAGUUGCCUGGGUCGGCAAGAGGCUGGAACGGUUUGUACACCAGAGAACGAUCAAAGGUAAACCGACGUUAUUCUUCCACUUUACACCCAGCGAACUCACAGCCAGCAACAACUACACAAAUAUCAAAUUCCCUCGAUGUACCAGAUAUCUGGAGCAUCCCAUUGACUGUGAUUUUGAGAUCAACCAGCUUUCCAAGGUAGUGUGGCCGAAGCUGGAGAAGGACGCCGAACCUGCAUUCCAUGUUAUCCAGAAAAUGACUUUCACUCAGCAGCAGUAUAUGGAACUAUUGCAAGAUUUUGAGCACAUAGAUGUCCAUUUUAAUGGCGCUUACCAAGAGGUGGCUUGCCAGUGGGUAAAGAAGAACAGCCACAUUUGGUCGCAAUGGAUUCCGGAAAAUUUGGCAAACAAAACCAAGAUAUAUCUGGGGGGCAUGUUUUCACUGUCACGCCGUCAUUAUUUUGCGCCAGGUGUUUACGUAGCUUCCAAAAUGGCUGCUGAUUUAAUCAAUAACGACACAUCAUUGCUAAAGAACUACAAAUUAGAGGUGGUUAAAAUUGACACCAAGUGUGGACUGAAGGAGGGGCAGAAAGCCUUCAUAGAGAUGCACUACAAUUCCACUUAUAAGUUAGCAGGAAUCCUUGGCCCAGACUGUGCAGAUAUCGUGCGCCCCAUAGCGCGCCUUACCACCACCUACGAUACUGUGAUGAUUAGCUUCAGUGCAGGCAGCAUCCAUCUUGGAAACCGACUCCAUUAUCCAUACUUCUUUAGAACUAUACCACCAGUCAGCGAGUACAGCAAUGUAUAUGCAGAGUUAUUUAAGCUGUUGGACUGGCAACAGGUUGCUGUGCUGACUUACGAAAAGGCAGAGGAAUAUCUGAGUCUUGACAACCCCAUCAAGAUAGUGUAUGAAAAGAAAAUCCCGGCAGACCAUAGCAAGAGAAAUAUCCCAAUGAUGCUGGACGAGAUCAAAUCCAAAAAUGGCAGAAUUAUAAUUGGCACUUUCUACGAAAUGACAAUUGCUCAAGAUGUCAUGUGUGAGGCGUAUAGAAAGGACAUGACUGCUUUCAAGGGGUUCCAGUGGUUCCUGACGGGAUAUUUGGGAGAGGAAUGGUGGGACACUGACUACUACAGAGACAGGGACAAAACUGUGUGUAGUACCAAGGAGAUGUUGGAGGCCGUCAAUGGUUCCAUCUCCAUCAACCAUGCUAUGUAUGACCGCGACGAUGUGAAGGUGGUGGGCAACAUGACAGUCGCCAAGUGGAAGAAAGAACUGGAGAGACACCUGGGACAACAUAAAAGAUACAAAGAUAACCCCCACGUGACGUAUGCCUAUGAUGCUGUCUGGGUGUACGGCAAGGCUCUGGACAGUUUACUGAGCAAAUCUCCCGCUGUGCUAGGAGACUUGACUAAUAAGGAAAAUGCUAAAAAAUUGGUCGAUGAGAUCAGCAAGGUCCACUUCCAAGGUGUGUCAGGGCAGAUAUUUUUUAAGGAAGCUGAUAGGUCAGGAAUUGUGCUCAUAAAACAGUUGAUUCAUAACAAGUCUCGUGUGAUUGGGCGAUAUUUACCCAAACAACUGGAUCUUGAGGAGAAAGAUAUCACGUGGCUGUGGCCUGGUGGGAAGAUCCCAGACGGUCGCCAAGCAAAUUCCAAUCAGCCAGUGUGCAGCAUCGAGGAUUUCCGUGCAGCUCUUGGGGUAUCCUGCGAUGUGGCUUUGGUGAUAGCCAACAUCAUAGGGUUUGGUCUGCUUAUCAUGCUGCUGAUCGUGGUGUUCUCUAUCAUUAAAAGAAGAUAUGACCUGAAAUUCCGCCGUACCAGGGAGAGGAUGGAGGAGCUGGGUCUGCUCUCGGACACCCUGAAUUGGUUGUCCCUCGAUGAGUGGGAGCUCCCCAGAGACAAGGUUGUGCUGAAUCGCAAGCUCGGGGAGGGAGCAUUUGGAACAGUGUACGGCGGAGAGUCCUUCAUAGAUGACAGCUGGGUCGCAGUGGCAGUGAAGACGCUGAAAAUUGGCUCAUCAGUGGAGGAGAAGCUUGAUUUCUUAAGUGAAGCGGAGACGAUGAAGAGAUUCAACCAUGAUAACAUUGUCAGGCUGUUAGGUGUCUGCACCAGGGGAGAGCCAGCCUAUGCUGUCAUGGAGUUCAUGUUAUAUGGUGACCUGAAGACAUAUCUCUUAGCCAGACGACAGCUGGUCGGCAAGACAACCCCAGAGGCGGAGGAUGUGUCCGCGAUCAGGCUGACCGCCAUGGCUCUGGACGUGGCACACGGACUCCAUUACUUGAGCGCCCUGCAUUUUGUACACAGAGAUCUUGCCUGUAGGAACUGUUUGGUUCACAUGAGUAAGACAGUAAAGAUAGGUGACUUUGGGAUGACCAGACCUAUCUUUGACCAUGACUACUACAGGUUUAACAAGAAAGGUAUGCUGCCAGUGAGAUGGAUGUCUCCAGAGAGCCUCACAGACGGGAAAUUCACAUAUAAAUCUGAUAUCUGGAGUUUUGCCAUCUUGUUGUACGAGAUCGUCACGUUUGGCAGCUUUCCAUAUCAGGGCUUGACCAAUAAUCAGGUUUUGGAGUUUGUGAAGAACGGAAAUACGCUGGAGCUUUCAGACCAAGCGUCCCCCAAACUGAAAUUAUUACUGAAAGCCUGUUGGGAGUAUGAACAAAGCAAGAGGCCGGACACCUUGGACAUUAUUGGCAUACUUGAGGCCAAUCCUACGCUCAUAACACCAAUUUUAGAUGCUCCAUUGUCAGCUGUCAUAACGGAGGAGUCCAAAUCACUCAAUAUCAAUAUUCCAGUCAAAAGCAAAUUCGGUGGCAUGGCCCGAAGACGGCAAAUGCUACGCCAAAGCAGCUCCGUCUCACACGAUGGAAGACUGUUGUCGUUUAACGGCGAUGUUGAACCACAUUCGCCAAACGAGCCCUCCUCUCCUGCUGUUAGAGGGGAUCGUGUGCGGCAUGCAACGGGGGAGACGGUGUUCAUCUUUCCUCACAAUUCGGAACACUCGAACCUUGAAAACUUCCAUCUGAGUAACAGCAACAAGAGUAUGCAGAGUUUGAAACUGGCAUGCAGCGACAGGGGCAGCGUACCUAACGGGCUCGUGUGUCACCAGGACUCCAUGGUCGCAGUUGGAGACUCCUCAAAUAACAUGAUCCAGUUGAGUGCACACAGACACUCCCUGGAGGAGAAGGGGGACAGUGACUACUGCAGUGACAAUUCCAAGGAGAUGUGGAAUCACGUCAGUCAGGUAUGACGGGGCGCCUCUCCCCUUGGCCUGCCGACCAGGACACGGGAGGAACAGGUGACCGCUGCUUCGGCAGUGGCGCAAAACGGAGACGGGACGAUGUCCUCUACAUCGGGGACAGAGCCACGUCCCAAGGCCUGGGCGGUUUCCAUAAACAAACUUCCAGUUUGUAGUCAAGGGGAGAGCUUUGUAUGAAGACUUAAUACUUUCAAACAACUUCUGUAUGUAAAUAGAAAUAUGUGUAAAUAGAAAUAUACACAUGGACCUUAUAAAGGUUACAGGUUGUGAAACUUAGUAGAGAUAAGGUGAUGAUUUGACUUACUGAUUGGCCAACGUUUAUAGCAUUGAAAUAGGCCAGUGCUUUGUAAGUUGACCUUUUAAGCAGCAUCAAAGUGGGUGGAAUUGAAAUAGGUCAAGGUCAUUCAAGGCAGUGAAGGUCCAGAUGGAUGUGCUCAUGUUCGCAUUGCAUGGCCUACUUUUUUUAAUGAAGUUUUAGGGACAUGCUUUUGAACUUUGGGAAUAUGUCAUAUAUUUCACUAACAUCAAAGUUUUUAUAUCUCCAAGACCAUAAGAAUACAGGUCAGUAAAUCCACAAUGAAGUGUAGGUCGACAUUAUACAUGAUUUUAGUAUUAAUGUAAGUGGUAAUUGUAAAUAAUUUAACAUUUUGUACAAGAUUAAUAGAAACUGUUAGCUGAAUAAGUGUUUCUGUUAUGAUUUCUGCUGUUUGGUCUACAUGCAGCCCUUAGUCAAUGAGUCAUGACCUUGAAUAAAUAUGUCAAGGUCAACAAGUUUUGAACUUGAAUUCAUGAGUGAAGGUCACCAAGUAUUGACCUUGACACUGAAGUUACCUCAUUAUUUAUGCACAGGCCUUGUACUAGACAAUGCAACUUGAUUGAUACAAAAGUGACCUCCAUUGCCAGGUGGUACGUUAAUGGCUGGAUCCUUUCAACCUGGAAAAAUUUUCAAUUUUUCAGAGGCAUAUAAUUUUGUAAUCAUUAAAAAUAAACUUUUUUUUUUAGCAUUUUGGUGCUUUUACUGCAUAGUAUAGAACUAUUAGGUAGCCUGCUUUUCAAUUGUCUAAUUUGAAGAAUUUAUUGCUUUGAAAAUA